CAUUAAACCCCCUCGACCUAACCAUGGCCACGCCGCCGCCGAAGCGCCCUCGCCACGCGCACGCGCCGGCGGCGCCUCAGACGACCAUCGCCGACCUGGUGCCGGAGAUCCUCCUCCGUGUCCCGCCGGACAACCCCGGGAGCCUCGUGCGGGCUUCCUCCGUCUGCUGGCGCUGGCGCCGCCUCCUCACGGACCAACCUUUCCUCCGCCGCUACCGCGCAUUCUACCGAACACCUCCCAUGCUCGGCUUCGUCGUCAACCUCAAGGAGCACUUCGACGGCAUGGCCCGGUUCGUCCACUCCUCCUUCGUCCCCUCGGCCCCCGACCGCGCCGGCAUGAACGUGCUCGACGCCCGCCAUGGCCGCGUGCUCCUCCACGGCGUCGAGCGCCGCCGGGGUCUCGUCGUCUGGGACCCCGUCACGGACGAGCAGCGGAAAAUCCCCGGCAUGCCGGCGUACAUCGACGGCUUCAACGCCGCCGUGCUCUGCGCCGCCGCCGGCUGCGACCACCUCGACUGUCGCUGCAGCCCCUUCAUGGUGGCCUUCGUCGGCUUCGGCGGCGACGGCAUCACGUUCGCCUGCACCUACUCCUCGGAGACCGGCAACUGGAGCGAGCGGGUCAAGAUCGAGGAGCCGGCGUCCAUCGAUGACCGGCCCAGCGUCCUCGUGGGGAACACGGUCUACUUCGCCUGCGAUCCCUGGAUCCGUUCCAAGAUCAUCGCGUACGACGUCGUCGCGCAGGAGCUCUCCGUGAUCUGGCCGCCGCCCCAGCAUGAUGACUACUCCUGCACCGCCAUCAUGAAGGCGGAGGACGGCUCGCUUGGGUUUGCCGGCGUGCAGAAUGCCCGGUUCUUCGAAGACAAUUCCAAUGCCAGCAUCCACCUGUGGUCGAUGAAGCGGCCUGACGGAUAUCCGGAGUAGACGGAGCAGAGAGUCAUCCGGCACAAGACGCUGCUUCGCACAAGUGGCCUCAGGAAGCCACCUCAGAUUGUCGGCUUCGCGGACGGCCUCGGCCUCGUUUUCGUAAGGACCGGUAACACGGUGAUGUCCAUGGACCUCAGGACAGGCCAUGUCCGUAAGGUGUACACCUGCAGGGCAAGCAACUAUGAAGUUAUCAUCGUUCCCUAUAUCAGCUUCUACACUCCAGUUACAGCAAUGGAAGCAGUUUCUGCGGACGAGGAGGACCAGCAGGGAGUGUUCUGAAUGCAUUUAUACACUUAGUCAUGUCUAAAAACAUCCAAAUUUUGACAAACUUGAGACAUCUUUUAUUGGACGGAGCAAGUACUCAUGUAUGUAUAUAUGUGUGAAUGAACGAGUCAGUGAAGCUGUCCAGGGACUUUUGACUCUUUUUUAGGUCGGUUUGUUUAACCAAGAGAACUGCAAGUCAUCAUGUUUGAUUUGUACGUUUCUUCUCUUGAAUUGUUUGUGAUUGUGGCAUACGAUCUGUGCUCAUUUGAGCUAAACUUCAUUUCAUGUUUGGCUAGGCCACUUUGAAGCGAAGAUACGCUGAAUCUGUUUUCUGUUCUUCUGAAAA